AUGACACACAGAGUAACAAAACAAUUUCUGACACACAGAGUAACAAAACAAUUUCUGGCACAGAGUAACAAAACAAUUUCUGACACACAGAGUAACAAAACAAUUUCUGGCACACAGAGUAACAAAACAAUUUCUGACACACAGAGUAACAAAACAAUUUCUGACACACAGAGUAACAAAACAAUUUCUGACACACAGAGUAACAAAACAAUUUCUGGCACACACAGAGUAACAAAACAAUUUCUGACACACAGAGUAACAAAACAAAUUUCUGACACUACACACAAAACAAAACAAUUUCUGGCACAGAGUAACAAAACAAUUUAUGACACACAGAGAAACAAAACAAUUUCUGGCACACACAGUAACAAAAUAAUGUCUGGCACACAGAGUAACAAAACAAUUUCUGACACACAGAGUAACAAAACAAUUUCUGACACACAGAGUAACAAAACAAUGUCUGGCACACAGAGUAACAAAACAAUUUCUGGCACACAGAGUAACAAAACAAUUUCUGGCACACAGUGUAACAAAACAAUUUCUGGCACAGAGUAA